AUGCCCAUCACAUCCCCAACACUCGUUCCCCGUCCUCCAAUCAUCCCCCUUGUCCUUCCGCGCGCCCCUCAAGUAAACCCAACCCCACUCCCAAAACACGAUCGCUUCCCAGGACGCAUGGACAAACGCGAUCUCCAACGCGAAAUCGACGAUCUCUCAGAUGAGGAAAACGAACUCGAAGACGCUAACUUGGCGAUAAGGAAUCGUGGGUUUCAGUGGCUCAUUCCUAUUGGGCGGCAUACGACUCAGUUGGAGGAGAAGAACGAGGCAGAAGACGACUCCGAUGGCUCAGAUACUGGCCAAUCGGGCGGUGGCCCCUCGAUCAACGAGGAUGGCGAGGAGAACGAUGACUCAGGACCUGAUCUGGACGCAAGCAUGGAAGAUAUGGAUGAGGAGGGUGAGACGGGGACUGCGAGUGAAGCGGAGGAUGCGAAUGAUAUGACGGAUGACUUGGAGGAGAGGUCGAGCGAUAUCUGA